AUGCCAGGCUCACCAAGGCUACGCAACGCGACGUGGUUGCAUCCCCUCAGGGGAAUCGUUUACUUCGCCUCGCAUCCCUUCCUAUGGCCUCUUCUCCGCAGUCGCCUACUCCCAAUCUUCCUACUGUCCGGCUUCAUCUACACGCUUCUCUUUUUCUUCGCCUACCUCCCACAAGUCGCAUUUCUUGCCAUCUUCCAAGGCCACAGUGCCUGGGUGAACGGCGCAUUCCUGGUCCUUGGCGAAGGAUCCGCGAUAGUCGCACUGCUGUUUGAAGCAUUUUUCGUCGAUGAAACAUUAGUUGACGUCUUUGACGCCGUACUUAUAAAUGAAGGAUUUGAGGAAAUGAUCAAUAAAGAGCGAGUCAUCCAUCCUGAUGGCGUCAAUCCAGUCCAGCGACUCGGAAAACCGACCAGAAGCGCGGUCUACGCGCCCUUUUCGUUCAGGCAGAUCCUUGAAUUUAUCUUGCUGCUUCCGCUCAACUUUGUGCCUGUGGCGGGUGUGCCCAUGUUCUUGGUGUUGACGGGUUACCGUGCUGGCCCGUUUCAUCAUUGGAGAUAUUUUCAGCUUUUGGAGUUUACCAAGGAUAAGCGGAAGCGAUUUGUUCGCAAUCGGCAGUUGAAAUAUACAGCUUUUGGCACCAUUGCUCUGAUCCUACAGCUCAUUCCCAUCUUUUCGAUGCUGUUUCUGCUCACCAGUGCAGCUGGGUCGGCUCUUUGGGCGGCGGAGAUGGAGAAACACAAGGCGUACCUCGAGACGCACCGGUCAGAGACGGGGGAAGAAUACCAUGAUGAUCCUGCAUGA